CCAGGGCCUCAGAUAUCAGGAUGUUUUAUCCUGAAUUCCUGAUUUUCAGGAUGAGUAUGAGGUGCCAGACCUGAAAAAUCCGAUUAAAUGAAUUUCUGACCCUGUAAAUUCAGUAUGGUUAUCAUAUGACAACCCUGAGAACUCAGUAUAGUGUUCGUGUACCAGCCCUGACUGCUCAGUAUGAAUUCGAGGAUAACCCUGAUACCUCGAAUCUGGCUUCAGGGGGGGCGCUACGGGUGUACCCCCUGUUUUCUGCCCAUAGUUCCAUAAUUUUCGUGCCAGCGCACAUUUUGCCUGUAGAUUGUUGCCGCGAAAUGACCACUCCCUUUCAUGCCUUGAAUCAUCCAACCAUUCUAGACGAUAGAGCUUGUGCUCGCUGGUCUGUUUCUCUGCUGUGAACCGCCCCCUCGUUAGGGGGCACUAUGCUUGCGCCAGGAUCUGACGACGAGGAGGAGGCUCCCGACGAUCCUUCUACAGCGUCCCACCCGGGUGCCGUGACAGGAUUAGACUUACUGCGAAGAAAUCCUCCCGCAUCGGCACCUCCCCCUCGAACGCACACCGCUGAAGUAGUAGAGGAGGCAUCUCGCCAUGUUGUAGCAACACCACCUCAGCGAAGCACUACGCCCCGCACUUCUUUUAAUCAAGGGUCGACCCGUAUUGGACCGCCGUCGAAGAAGCUCGAGCCCUCACGCUAUCGGCAGGCAACCCUGAGUUUCGGGCGGUCGCAAAACACUCCCGCUCCGACUCUGCACGUCGUCCCUCCUGUUGUUUCAGGACCAUCUACAGCUCCGACUUCGUCAUCGGACACCGAACUUGAAGACGUGGCCGAACGAAAGUACCAGGAGGCUCUCUGGCAAUUUAAAAAGCGGUGGAGUACUGACUUUCCUUGGCUUGUGCUUAAUCAGACCCGUGCAGGAUUCCCGGCUUUGAAGUGUAAGACUUGCAUGGAACAUGGCGGGCACGGAACGAACUACGGCAAGGGCGGAGAAGGUGCGACCGACGUCCAGACGCAGGCGAUGCAAAACCACCAGCGCACGCGGAAGCACAAGAGAGCGAUGCGGAGACAAGCCACCGCCACUGCGAUCGCUGAGGGGCAGCUGCGCAUGGAGGACUUGGCGAAAACACAUACCGUCCAGAGCGAGCGUGUUACUGCACUGCUGGAGACUCUGCUUUUCAUCUGUCAGUCCGACGCGCCCAUCGAGAUGUGGGUGCAACUUGUGCGGCACCUCUCAAAGCGACGUAUGGCUUUCAGGAGUUAACCAAGUCGACAGCCAUGUACCUUCGAGCUCGUCAACGGGAGCACUUGGAGUCAAGCCCGUUCAUUGGCUUGAGCUGUGACGAGAGUACCGACAGAGUUCGUGGCAAGCACAUGAUUGUGUUUGCUACUUUCCUUCGCGAGCGCAUUGUUGUCACAGAGUUUCUAACGCUUCUUCCUGUCGACAAAUGUGAUGCAGCUUCUCUGGAAGGCUCUCUUGUUGCUUACCUCGAUAGCAUCGGCAUCAGUCU